AUGCGGCCGGGAUGUGAUUGGCGCUUGCUUUCGACCAUCAGCUCAACUCUUACCCUACCUCACCUCUUCUUCGAUAUGCCUGCCGCACGUAUAAAGCGCAAGAGCACCCUCAAACGGUCUCGCAGCUCUUCAGACGAGAGCGACCUCGAAUCACCCCGUAAAAAGCAAUGCAAGGACGCCUACCCCAAGUUCCCUGCGCUAGCCGUCAACUUCGAAAAGAUGCUGGAGCGUCUCUCAGACGAGAAAGUCCCGGUGAACUACCUGACGGUACGGGCGUUGAGGGGCCUCGCGACAGAACGCGAGUGUGCCACGAUGGUACAGGCCAUCGUCAACCGUGCCAAGAGACGCGUGGAACACAAGUUUCAAGGUCUUCGGGACCAAAAGAAGCUCCUGGAGUGCGAGCUCUUCGACGAAUGGUUACGAGAAUGUGACUUCGUCUUGAAAGCUGUCGUGAACAUCCUACGCGCUCCGGUGCAAACUGCCAUCGGAAAGACGCUGUUCAUGAUUCUGUACCAUUUGUUCGAGCUCUACGUCACCGCUGUCGACGCGCAGCAAGACGGGUGGUCGUCGAAAGACCGCUAUUCGUGGGUCAUGUCGUUCGUGCAAGAAGCCAACGAUUCCUCGACGGACGGUCGCUCCGACGCGGCGGUCAUCAGCGCCGAGGCGCGGUUAAACCGAUACGAUAUUGUGAUGGUGCGCGCGCUGCAGCGCUACCGGGCGGAUUGCAUGGAUCCCGAGUGCCUCGCUGCGUCUAUGGAGAGGAUGGAGAAUGAUCUGGACAGGAGCUGCUGUUUGCUCAGUGAACAGACUGGGUUUGGUGAUGCCGACGAGAUGAGUCAAGGUCUGCUGAAGCGGACAAGGGAUGCGAUGGUUGCAUGGAAUGACGAGGGCUACAUUGACGGCGACUGCGAGAGCAGUGGAGUGGAGGAGGCUCGAGGUUUUGAUUGGCAUCUACCGUACAUGUGUACAACUUCGAAUGUAUUAUACCGGUGUACAACUUGCUGA